AAGCGUGCGCUGGGUGUGGUAAAGGCAGAGCUUUCUCUUCCUGACAGCUUCUUAAAACUCUGCUUUUGCUUGCUUAAUAAAUGGUCCUGGAAAAGCACAUGAACUGCACAGCAGCAGGAAAGUAUCCCGCAAGUGUGCUCGUAAAGAGAAAAGUUCAAGGAAGAGUGAAGGCAGCUCUGAUUCGGUUAUUUACCAUCAAUCAGACUGUUGCUUGGCAGGGAGUGGAUGGUUAGGAGCCUGAACGAGCUGAAAAGGGGCAGGAAGAAAGUGGAGGCAGCAUUCUUCCUAUUUAAAGCUGCAUCCCCUGAAAGGAGUGUUUGCAGACUGCGCUGGAGCUGGUGCUGAAAGGAGGGCUCGCAGACUUUGUCCUGGAACUGAUGCGGAAAGGCAGAACGACUCCUCAGCUGGCUUCAUGGUGCUAAAAUAACCUCACGAUUCUGCACUUUUUGCUGCCCAGGGAGGAUACAUGUCUAAUAUCUAGGCAUGAUGGCAGUCUUGGUACAAACGAGAACUUUUUUCAUCCUCGCUGCUUUAUUAGGCCGAUUUGUAACCAUAAAAGCGCAAGAAGUGGAAGAGUAUGAAGGUGGAGAAGAUGGUGAAGAAAUAGCCUGCACUCAGAAUGGACAGAUGUACCUGAAUAGGGAUAUUUGGAAGCCCUCACCGUGCCAAAUCUGUGUCUGUGACAAUGGAGCCAUUCUUUGCGAUGAAAUCCAGUGUCAAGACCUGCUGGAGUGUGAGAACCCCCAGGUGCCCCCAGGAGAGUGCUGUCCUGUGUGCCCCCAUACACCACGGGACUUUGACCCCACCAUAGGUAGAGGAAGAAAGGGACAAAAAGGAGAACCUGGAAUAGUGCCACCUGUUUCAGGCAUACGAGGCCGCCCAGGACCAGCCGGACCUCCAGGCUCACAAGGUCCACGAGGAGAACGAGGACCAAAGGGAAGACCUGGUCCUCGUGGUCCUCAAGGGAUUGAUGGGGAGCCUGGUAUCCCUGGCCAGCCUGGUGACCCUGGUCCUCCAGGGCAUCCCACUCACCCAGGACCAGAUGGAAUAAGCAGGCCCUUUGCAGCUCAGAUGGCAGGACUGGAUGAGAAGUCUGGACUUGGUAGUCAGAUGGGACUGAUGCCUGGUGCCGUGGGUCCAGUGGGUCCAAGAGGUCCUCAGGGUCUCCAAGGAAAACAAGGUGGUGCUGGUCCCACAGGCCCACCUGGUGAACCUGGAGAUCCAGGACCUAUGGGGCCAGUUGGUUCUCGUGGACCAGAGGGACCUCCAGGCAAACCUGGUGAAGAUGGUGAACCUGGUAGACCAGGACAAUCCGGUGAGCCUGGAUUUCCAGGAUCUCCAGGCCCUCGAGGCUUUCCUGGUGCUCCUGGUCUCCCAGGUCUCAAGGGUCACCGGGGAUUGAAAGGACUUGAUGGUCCAAAAGGUGAAAUUGGAGCAGCCGGAGCAAAGGGAGAGUCCGGACCGACCGGAGCCAUGGGUCCAACAGGUCCUCUAGGACCUAGGGGAAUGCCAGGAGAAAGAGGACGAAUUGGACCACAGGGUGCUCCUGGUGGACGUGGCCAGCAUGGUAUGCCUGGGAAGCCAGGCCCAAUGGGCCCACUUGGUAUAACUGGAUCUCCAGGUUUUCCUGGCAUUCCUGGCAUAAAGGGUGAAGCAGGUCCAACAGGUCCUCGAGGUCCUGAAGGUCCCCAAGGACAAAGAGGUGAAACGGGUCCUCAGGGUCCAGCUGGGUCACAAGGUCUUCCUGGUGCUGAAGGGACAGAUGGCUCCCCUGGUGCAAAGGGCCCUACUGGAUCUCCAGGCACUGGAGGCCCCCCUGGAUUAUCAGGCCCCCCUGGUUCCCCAGGACCACAGGGCAGCACCGGUCCCCCCGGGAUUCGAGGCCAGCCGGGAGACCCUGGUGUCCCAGGUUUCAAGGGAGAAGCAGGACCCAAAGGUGAACCUGGCCCACAAGGUCCGCAGGGUCCCAUUGGCCCCAUAGGUGAAGAAGGGAAAAGAGGUCCUCGAGGUGAUCCAGGGUCAGUAGGUCCACCAGGUCCUGUUGGAGAGAGGGGUGCUCCUGGUAAUCGUGGUUUUCCAGGUUCUGAUGGGUUGCCUGGACCAAAGGGAGCCCAAGGAGAACGUGGUCCAGCAGGAUCUUCUGGACCUAAAGGAGGUCAGGGAGAUCCUGGACGUCCUGGUGAGCCUGGCCUUCCAGGUGCAAGGGGUUUGACAGGAAAUCCAGGUGUUCAAGGCCCUGAAGGAAAGCUUGGCCCCUUGGGUGCUCCUGGGGAAGAUGGACGUCCAGGUCCAGCAGGCUCCAUAGGAAUCAGAGGUCAGCCAGGCAGCAUGGGCCUUCCUGGACCAAAGGGUAGUAGUGGUGAUCCUGGAAAGCCUGGAGAAGCAGGCAAUGCAGGAGUCCCAGGACAGAGAGGAGCCCCUGGUAAAGAUGGUGAAGUUGGCCCUUCUGGUCCUGUUGGCCCACCAGGUCUGGCAGGAGAAAGAGGAGAACAAGGCCCUCCAGGUCCUACAGGGUUUCAGGGCUUGCCUGGGCCACCAGGUCCUCCAGGUGAGGGAGGAAAGCCAGGUGAUCAGGGUGUGCCUGGAGAUCCUGGAGCUGUUGGUCCAUUGGGCCCCAGGGGAGAACGUGGCAAUCCAGGGGAAAGGGGAGAACCAGGUGCCUCAGGUCUCCAGGGUGAAAAGGGUAUGGCUGGAGGCCAUGGUCCUGAUGGCCCAAAGGGAAGCCCAGGCCCUAGUGGGACACCUGGAGAUCCCGGACCACCAGGCCUUCAGGGCAUGCCUGGAGAGAGAGGGAUUGCUGGCACACCUGGCCCUAAGGGUGAUAGAGGUGGCGUAGGUGAGAAAGGUGCUGAAGGUACAGCUGGCAACGAUGGGGCAAGAGGUCUCCCUGGUCCAAUAGGCCCAAUGGGUCCAGCAGGUCCCACUGGUGAGAAGGGUGAACCAGGUCCUCGAGGGCUAGUUGGUCCUCCUGGUUCUCGUGGAAACCCUGGUUCCCGAGGAGAAAAUGGCCCAACUGGAGCUGUUGGUUUUGCUGGCCCCCCGGGCCCUGAUGGUCAGCCUGGUGUGAAAGGUGAACCUGGAGAACCUGGACAGAAAGGAGAUGCUGGAUCUCCAGGACCACAGGGUCUUUCUGGGUCUCAUGGUCCCCCAGGCCCUCCAGGUGUUCCUGGUCUGAAAGGUGGUAGAGGAACUCAGGGUCCACCUGGUGCUACUGGAUUUCCAGGAUCUGCUGGAAGAGUGGGGCCCCCAGGACCUACUGGAGCCCCAGGGCCUGCUGGGCCUAUUGGUGAACCAGGAAAAGAAGGUCCCCCAGGUCUUCGUGGUGAUCCUGGUUCUCACGGCCGUGUGGGAGAUCGAGGGCCAACUGGGCCUCCUGGUGGCCCUGGGGACAAGGGUGACCCGGGGGAUGACGGGCAGCCGGGCCCAGACGGCCCCCCUGGCCCAGCAGGAACUACUGGUCAGAGAGGAAUUGUUGGAAUGCCAGGACAGCGAGGGGAGAGAGGCAUGCCUGGGCUGCCGGGGCCUGCAGGUACUCCAGGAAAGCAAGGUCCCACAGGGCCACCUGGAGACAAAGGUCCCCCAGGACCUAUUGGCCAGUCAGGUGCCACUGGGCCUGUAGGUGAAGCUGGUCCAGAAGGACCUGCUGGUAAUGAUGGUACUCCUGGACGAGAUGGAGCUGUUGGAGAACGUGGUGAUCGUGGUGAACCUGGCCCUGCAGGCUUACCAGGUUCUCCAGGAGGUCCAGGAACUCCAGGUCCUGUUGGCCCUCCAGGAGAUGCAGGUCAAAGAGGUGAAACUGGUUCUCGAGGUCCCAUGGGUCCCCCAGGCCGUGCAGGAAAAAGAGGUUUGCCUGGUCCCCAAGGACCUCGUGGUGACAAAGGCGACAAUGGAGAUCGAGGUGAUAGGGGCCAGAAGGGACACAGGGGUUUCACUGGACUUCAAGGCCUUCCUGGCCCUCCUGGUCCAGUUGGUGAACAGGGAAGUCCUGGCAUUCCAGGCCCAUUUGGUCCUCGGGGUCCUCCAGGUCCAGUUGGUCCUUCUGGAAAAGAUGGAAGUCCUGGUCCACUUGGGCCAACUGGGCCUCCUGGUGUUAGAGGGACUGUGGGAGAAGCUGGACCUGAGGGCCCACCAGGUGAGCCUGGUCCUCCUGGCCCUCCAGGGCCUCCAGGCCACCUCACCGCUGCCAUCGGUGACAUCAUGGGACACUAUGACGAUGCCAUGGCGGACCCACUACCAGAGUUUACUGAGGAUGAAGCAGCCCCUGAUGACCACAAUAAAACAGACCCAGGAGUCCACGCCACGCUGAAGUCCCUGAGCAGCCAGAUCGAGACCAUGCGCAGCCCCGAUGGCUCCAAGAAGCACCCGGCACGGACCUGUGACGACCUGAAGCUGUGCCACCCCUCCAAGAGGAGCGGUGAAUAUUGGAUUGAUCCUAACCAAGGAUGUGUUGAAGAUGCUAUAAAAGUGUACUGCAACAUGGAAACAGGAGAGACCUGCAUUUCUGCCAACCCAUCCACUGUGCCCCGCAAAACGUGGUGGGCCAGCAAGUCCUCUGACUUAAAGCCUGUUUGGUAUGGCCUUGAUAUGAACAGGGGAUCACAGUUUGUGUAUGGGGAUACAGCUGUCACUCAGAUGACAUUCCUGCGCCUCCUGUCCAAGGAAGCUUCCCAGAACAUCACCUACCUUUGCAAAAACAGUGUUGGCUACAUGGAUGACCAGACGAAGAACCUGAAGAAAGCUGUGAUUCUGAAAGGGGCCAAUGACCUGGAGAUCAAGGCAGAGGGAAACAGCCGCUUCAGAUACACUGUUCUGCACGACAGCUGCUCUAAACGUAAUGGGAACGUGGGCAAGACUGUUUUUGAGUACAGAACGCAGAACGUGGCGCGCUUACCGAUCAUCGACAUUGCUCCGGUGGACAUUGGCAGUACCGACCAGGAGUUUGGAAUUGAAAUUGGGCCAGUUUGCUUUGUGUAAGAGCAAGGGGGGAGUAUAACACACUACCCAGCAACAGCAGCAAUUAAACAUGAACUUAGACUGAUUGAAGUUAAUCCUGAGACUCUUGAAGUAAUGGCUGAUAUUGGAUCAGCAUUGUAUAUACAGCUCUUUCUAAAUGCCCGGCCUCCUUUUGAAUAUUUAUUUUACUUACAAACCUUCUGUUUUCAAUGAUUGAAACCAACUGUUUAGUACAAUUUUAAGAAGGUUGAUGAAAACCUUCUAAAAGUAAUAUGAAUCCUUUUCCUCAGUUUUGUUUCAAAUUAUUUUGACAUUUCCAGGUAUUCAAAAUAGAUAGAUUUAAUGUGGAACUAUGUAAAAGCUCUAAUGAUUAUUUCUUUUGCUUUGAUGUUACUGAAUAACAGAAAAGUAGAGCACUUUUGUGAACUGUUGGCUGUAUUUCCAUCAUACCUGCUCCCUCUACCCCAGUUUGUGUUCCUUUGGUUGCCAUUCACAGAAAUCUGUCUUUUAUAGAAGAAAAUCUCUUCAGACAAGACCAUCUUAAUUUGGCAUUUUUUUUUCUUGCACUUUUCUAUGUAAGUCUGCUCAGAAGAGUGAUCCAUAGCCAUGGUUAAUUUAUGAAGUAAAAACAUUACUGGGGUAAAUAUGAGUUUUCAGUAGGAGUGUCCCAUAUCUUAACUUUUAAGGCUAGAUUUCACUUCUCACAAUGUAUCUGUGUAAUUCCAUUAAAUUAUCCUUAAUCUUCAAAAUAUGUCUUAAACCCAAUACUUGUUGAUUUUCCAAUAUUAGCCCAUCUAAGAAGCCAUUACGUAUCAAAUUAUACUGAUGUCUUAUAUAUGGUGCCAAUUUCUGUGUGUUGCAGACCAUUCACAUGUAUACCAGACCAAAUUGCUAAUAAAGAAAGUUGAGAAAUUCCUUGGUUUUAGCUGACAUCCAGAAAUACAUCACCAGUAAUUUGACUUGCUGGCCUUGAGUUGUCAAGGCAGGAAAAUUCCAUCAUUUCUUAGCAUGAGCUACCUCAUCUCUGGAAGUUGGGAUGCAAUUAAUAUUCCUGGUUUUCUUUUAGGUAUUAAAAGGUGCUAUGCUUCUGUUGUUAUUUCAAGAUAGGAGAUAGGCAGGGCAAAAAAAAAAAAAGCAACAAAGUGAUGGUGCUAAAUGACUCUCUAGAAGGCUGAUGAAAUAAAGAUGCCUACUGUCAAUGUCAUGUUCAGAGCUUAGCUGUUAGGCUUACAGUGUUUGAGAGAACAAUGUUACAGUGCAUUUAUUUGUUGGUCAUUCAGUAUAUAGAAUGUUUUGUACCUCCAACAUGCUUUAUUUUGUAAAGUAUGUGGGUACAAACUUACUUAGGUUUUUUGUUUCUUUACUGCAUCUGUGCUCUCCACGUUUUUUUUUGUUUGUUCCUUAAAAAAAAAAAUAAACAGCUGGGGCUCUCCCUAAAGAAAGUCAUGCACAUAGCUUUAUUCAUGUAUCUUUGCAAAGCAUUUAAUUAAAUACAUGCUUCUCGCUAUGUAAGUGGUUUCCUUUUUGUAAAACUCCUUCCAGUGUGUUCAUUCCAUAUCAGUUCAUUCCCAGGAAAUUAAAAAUAGAAGUACUUAAUUGUUGUUUGGUUGCUGUUUGCAUAAAUCAUUUGUAAGGCAUUAUGAAAUAUUUUGAAGACAGGAGUAUUUGUAAAGUAUCUUCUGUGUCAGUUUUAUGAAGGAAAUCAGCAGGCCUAGAAAAUCUACAUAAAUAAUAUUGUUUGAGACUCCAGGGAGAAUUUUUAUUCAAGAGUGAAAUGUGAUUUGGCCAAUUCCUGGUGGCAGUGGGAGUUCACACUGAUAGGUGACAGCUUCUGGACAAGACAUAAAGUUGCAUUUAUAGUGAAGCAGGCAAGAACUUCCCUUUCCCUGCCCUAAAGGGGCAGGGUCUUUGCAGGUUUCUAGAUUGCCCAAAUGAGGUGAGGGCUGGGAAGCUGACAGGUUCAUGCUGAUGUUAUCUGUUUGCUUUUACUGCCCAUGCAGGAACUUCAUGAUUUCUUUCUUACUGGCAUGAAAUAAUUUCUAUAAAUAUGUGACUCAGGGGUUAACUUACCAUUCUGGUAGAGAACUUUUAGAUAAUGUUAAUUUCAAGCUGCAGUGUAAAGGCUUGCUGCAAUAUGUUCAAGCAAAGGUGGCUGUGGUCAUAUCUCUACAGCACAUUUAUCCAGAUGCACAAAAAUGAAUAACAUUUGGAAGACAGGUUUAUGUUUGUAACUAGUUUUAAUCUCUAACUUUCAUCAAGUAUUACAAUCCAUGCUUGGUAUAAGUAGUUUGUAAGGUUGUUGAAGGAGAAGAUUAUUUGAUUAUGAAAAAUACCUUUUCUUUUUUUCUUUUCAAGUGUCUCUUUUUAUCUCUAUCUCCAUAUGAAGUGUGCAGUAUUUCCUCAGCCAGGUGCUUUGAACACUGAAAAAGAGCUGUAACUAGAGAGCCAUCUGAGGUAAUAUUCUGUAAAAACCAGGGCUGGAGAAGCACUAAAGGAAAGUCUGCUCUGAAGUGCAAGCUCUCAGGUAGUUAACAGAGGAGUCUGUAAUGCAGGUGGUUGGACAUGCUUUUCUCUUGACUCUGUUUAGAGCAUACAUAGAUACUGCACCUCUUUCCCUGUUUCUGCAUUCCUCAGAGUAUUGUAGAAUCAUAUUAGGAAGGAAAAAACAAAAAAGUGUGUGGGGGGUGGGCAUUUUCUUAUCCAGGAAACAUGGCACAGCCUCAUGCAAAUACAUCUUUAAUUUUAUCAACCUAGAAUGAAUGAGCUAAUAAUUUGUAGUUUAUGAAGUAGCAUUAAGUAAAUGUCAGCUAUAACAUUUAGUGAAGUUCUGCCUUAGUGACAAAUAGCUUCAAAAAUGGUAGGAAAAAGGCACUUCAGAGUGAUUAAAAUAAUAUAGAGUGAUUACAAUAAUACAGUAUCAGACACUGCAUUUAAAUUAAAUUUGAGUUACAAGAGUUGGUUCUGUUUUUCUUAACUAACCUGUCCUCAGGGAGAAACAAAUCCCAGGACUGCCAGCAUUGACAGAAAGCUCUUGGUUUCCUAAAAGCAGUAGUGCAAUAUUUGUUUGGCAACCAUUCAUUAAAAGCUCAUCUAGAAAUUAAAUUCCCAAACUGCUUCCCUGCCUUCUGCUAGCUUCCGUGUGGUUGUGAUAGAUAACCAGCUCGAAGUUUUCAGCACUAAAAAUGUUCUGAAGAGCACCAGCAGUACCACAUGCAGUAGAAGAAGGUACCAAGCAACACAGAAAUCUAAGAAAGAAAAUGUUAUGGCAUUACAGCUAGAAACAGCACAUCCAAAUCCCACAAAAGAGCAAGAAAAUUGAAGAUUUUUCUUUGCAAAGGAAAUGCAUGCUAUACUGAAAGUUUAAUACUCACUGGGCAGUUUUUUCCACUGAGAGAGGAUUCCAGAAAGAGUCAAACAAUUGCAAAAGGAGAAGCAAAACUAAAUGGAAAUGUAUAAAUGCUAAUGAUGGAAAAUAGAUUUUCUGCAAAUACGCAAAUACCACGGAGAUAACAAGGUACUACUGUCCAUCCUCCAGAAAAGGCUGCAGCCUUAUUCAGGAAUGUUUGUGCAGAGAAAAAGAAAAAAACAACCAAGCAAAUUCACAUUUGCCAAAGCAUCACAGAACUGAUUUUUUGCCUUAGUCAACUGAGUGAAAAGGAUCUGAUGCAAACCCAACCACGUAUAACAAAAGAACAAAACUACAAUUCAGGAAAUUUGGUGAAAUGUUUCUGCAUGUUUGGUAUGGUAUGAUCUUUCCUGCCACAAAGGAGCAUGACAAUGACAGAAGAUGGUGAUGACUGCAGGAGCCAUCACUGUAAUUCAGGAGCCUCUGUCCUCUGAGGAACAAGCUGUGUGAUUCCACACAAAAAUCAGAGAAAGUCUGAGCAUUUCCUUCUGCCAUAUUGCUGGGGUUUAACCUAACACCAGACAGGCACUUGCCUAUUCCUCACCCCCUCAGUGGGCCAGGGAGGAGAAUUGGGGAGGUAAAAAGUUUAGAAAAUACAAGAUUAAUUGGAUGACAGAAAAGGAAAAGAAAACAAUGAUAAUAACAAAAGAAUUCAAAUAUACAAAGCAAUUGCAUAGAAUGCAGUUGCUCACCCCCCAGUGACCUAUAGCCCACCAGUUCCUGAGCAGUGGCCCCUGGCCAGCUUCCACCACAGAUUUAUGUGUGAGGAUGACUCCACAUGGUCUGGAAUGUCCCUUGGAUCAGCUGAGAUAGCUGUCCUGGCUGUCACCUCCCAGCUCCCUGUGCUCCCCCAGCCUCCUUGCUGGCAGGGCAGUGUAAGAAGCUGACAAGGCCUCAAUAUAAGCACUGCUCACUUUGCAGAGGCAUUGUCAUCCCAAAUCCCAAGGCAGUACUGGGAUGAAAAUUUAACUUUGUUGUAGCUGACAUAUAUAAAGUCAGCCAUUUCCUGCUAGGAAUUUUGAUUCCUGCUUUACAGAUGCACCCAAACUGAGAAGAGGAGUGAACAGACUUUUCCAGGUACCUUGGAGAUGUUAUAACAAAUACAGUGAACAACUUUAUUUGUUGAAUUGAUGUUAUAACAAAUGCAGUGAAGCUGAAAUGCAAGUUACAACAGGGAUAUUCACAAAAACCCACAGAAAGCACAUCUCCAGUGUCUCCAGGAGUGACCUUUCAAUGACUGCCUUCUCAGUGGAUGUGGACUCAACAGCAAAACUUAAAUUUUAAUCCAGAGAUGCCCAUGUCUAAGGGGCGUACUGAAAGGAGAGAAAGUUUGGAUAAGUAUAGAUUUGCCAAAUAAAACUGCAGGAUUAAAAGUAAAUGAAAAAAAAAGAAAAAAAAAGAUGGUCAGUGGCUUUCUCAGAAGGAGUCAGCUCAAGCCAGAGGGGCUGCUGUGAUGGGGAGGCAGCAGUGUGGGUUGCAGUCAGUCUUUCUAGACAAUGCUCUAGGGUGAAGCUACUGCAGGAUGAAGAGCAGUUCUGAAGAUGAGACCCACCAGGAUUUUUUUCAGGUGGACUUCAUCCAUCCUGGAACGGCAAUCCCUCAGUGUAGUGGGAGCUAGUUUUUGCUUCCUCCCAAUAAACAGGAAAUGGGAUGGUGCAGUAGUCUCUGUGCCACAGACAAUAGGAUAUCCAUGUUCACUGGAAGAAAGGCUCUGCUGUCCUACAAAAGAGCUCCACCCUGGGAUGACAACUUGCAGUUAACUGGAAAGGCAAAAUUCCAAGGAACUUGAGGCUACACUGGAGGCUUAACAUUCACAGCACAGUUGGUCUAGCUGAGAGAAGGUUCCAUGAAGACAGAGAGUAAAACAGUUGCAAAAGGAGAAGUUAAACUAAAUGAAAAUGUAGAAAUGCUAAUGAAGGGAAAAAGAUUUCCUGCAAGAAUGUAAAUAUCACAGACAAUGUUGGUAUUAUAGUUUAAAAAUCAUGAAAAGGGUAACAAUCAGCAAUUCAAUGGCUGAAAUAGAAAAUGCCAGAGAAACUGGGAAUCCAUAGAUGUUGUCCAAAUGGUGUGCUUAUGCUAGGAAAAAAAAAAAUUGGAUUAUUGUGUCCAGUGCACCACAGUUUGCUUGCUGGGAGUUUAAAGGUUUUGUUGAAGGGUGUGAUUUCAAUCAGGUGCUGCAGAGUUCAGAAUGUCCACAAGGAACCUAUUUGGGCAGAAUUGCUAUCUGAGUACCAGAACAUUCAGACUGUUUUUAGCCUGCCUGUUUUACCUGCUGUCAGACUAUUCAGAUAUUCAGCCCGUGUUAAAAUCAGAGGUAAUGCUUCUUAAUGUAUGAAAUAAAUAUGAAAGAAACAUGGAGACUGUGAUGAAUUACUGCUGAGAACCACCUGUGUUAAACCCUGCCCCAAGGGAGAACUUGUGUGCACAAAGGGAACACCUCAAACAACAGACCAGCUUUCUUGUGAAGCUGUUGCCAGUCCUGUGAGGAAUUGGACAAUAUCUUUAGGAACAGCAAAAGAAAUCUGCUUUUUGCACAAGCCUGUGAAGAGGACACUGGGUGAGGAAUGAAUCACAGGUGUGUAUAAUUUGUUUACAAGUAGGGUCUAAUUAGCUAGCAAAGCCCUUCUGCUGGAGCAGGGUUUGCUGCAUUUCUGCCGUGUUUUGGAGUGUUUUAAACAUCAUCUCAAUUUAAAAAGUUCAGAAAGGAGAUGUUGAAAUAGUCCCCAUGCCAAGGACUCCAACAGAAGAAAAAGCUCUGGUGUCCUGCAAAUGAGCUGCACCUUCAGGUGAUGAGCUGUAAGUAGUAGGAAAGGUGAAGUUUCAAGGCAAUAUUGAAACCUAAACCUGUGAUACUUUCUUGGUAUGAUUCAGGCAACUUUUUUUGACAGGGUUUAAUUUGUUUGCAUGUUUUGAGGGGUGGGGUUUGAUAGGUUGGAUUUUUUUGCUGGGGUAUUUCUUGGCUUUUUUUUUGGCAGGUUUUUUUUUGUUUGUUUGUUUGGUUGGUUAGACUUUCAGUUUUGUAUAUUUGUGGUUGUUACUGUUGAUUUUUUCUUGUUUUGCCCAAAUAGUAAUGUGGUGAUAUAAAAGUACAGAUAUGCGACAGUCGUAGUAGCCCAAUUAGUGGCUCUGAAAAAAAUGAAGGCUUUUAUAUCAACUAAAUGCUUUGUGGUGGUCUUGGUUAUUUCUUUGUGUUUUCUACAAAUGUUCCAGGAAAUCAACUUUCAUUAGUAGACAUUAUUAAUGGAAGGCUUGAUGAGUGUGUGUGCUUUAGACAGCAGCCCCCAAACCUUGAGUUUUAAGGUUGUGUCAUUGUUCCCAGCCACCCACCAGCCCCAGUAGCACUGGGCAUUGCAAAGGCUGUUUUCUUCUGCUGUGGGAAUUAAGAACAGGUGUCUCCAAUGCAUUUUUCCACCAGCCAGCAUUCUUACCAGCUGCUUUUAUAAAACUCCAAUCAAAGGCUUCCUACUAUGUAAUUGAUGUCAGAUUAGUAUUAUUUUGUACAUGGAACUUGCAUUUUCUGUAAAUAGUAGUUUAUUUUCAUCAUCAAUGAGGAGGUUUCCUGCAAGAGCCAGUACUUUUUAUGAAUUGUUGGCCCUGUUGUUAUUAACUUGUUGCAUUAAGUACAGUCAUGCCUGUGGUGAUGCUGCAUUUGUGCUGUUUGGGUCUCCCCAGAGCCUCACUGUUUUCCUUCUGUGUCAGCAUGUCCAAAUUUGCAGUGCCAAAGCAGGGCAGUGUCUUGGCUCAGUCCCAAAUUGGUGGGAUUUCUUAAAAAAAUAAUUUCUUUUUUCAUGUCUCCUGCUUGGCUUGGGCUAAUCAGAAAGUAUUCUCUGAGGAUGCAUAAUCCAAUAUUGUCAAUGAGUACUUUUAAGAAUUUGAUUUUUUUAAUCCCUAAUUUUUGUAUCUGAUCUUAUUGUAGAGUAUCUUUAAUGGUCCAAUGGUGCAAUAAAGAUGUAGGGACAGGCUCUGGACUUUGCUCCUUGGGAAAGGCUGAGUGACAUCUUUGAGCAUUUGACUGUGGGAGAGCGUUCCUGGCCCAGGCUCCUUGGUGCUUAGUUCCUUCUUCUGGCCUCAAGCUUAGGCACUGCCAAAUUAUUGUUGCUCCUUAAAUGUUACUGUGGUCACUGUUGCUCCUUAAAUUUUUGCUAAGCUCUGGGGAUGACUGAGUUGUAUAGCUCCAUAAAAAGCUUUGUCAAACUGCUGGUGUUUCUGGCCUGCCCUAUGGGAGCCUUAUACCCUUUAUUUAAGCUGCCCCCUGAAAGGCUGGUAGCCUGUGACUGCCUGGUUAUUCGCACUGAGACAGUUUCUUGGAUUAGGGAAGGCAAAGAUCUUCUAUUUCCUCCAACCUGACCUGCUUUGGUGCAAGGGCCCUACUUUGGGUGAUGCUGUCACACCUGAAACUCCCUGUGCUUGCAAAUGUGGGCCACUGGAUGCAGAGGAGUAGGAAAACCAAGAAAGAGAAGAUUCCAUACUAGUACACCAUAAACUGCAUCCCUUAGGUUUACCAGGGCUUCCUUCAAACACGGGAACUGAUCUUUGAAAAAUCAUAGUGGUACCAGAGUUGUGUCCUGCCUUGUUCAUUUGUUUGAACAAAGGCACAAAAGAUAAAAUUAAAAAAGGAGUCAGUUUUAUGAAACAACAGGAAAUUUUAUUAAGAUAUUUUAUUAUGUGUCUCUGUAAGGAAUAGACCAACAACCAUAUAAAAGCUUACAAAGAUGGUUAACCUUCAACACUAUAAAUGUGUUAACGUGACAGAAGAAAUUCACAAUUUUGCAUCUUUAUUGACUUUUACAGAGUGAAGGGAGAAAAUUCUCAACUAUGACAUGCCGAUGACGAUCUUUGACAGGAGACAUUUACAAUUGCUUUAAAUCCUUUAACUCUUUGGUUUUUUGAGCAAGUCAAUAACCCCGACUUGCAGAGUUAGGAGUGAAAAAUAGAUUAGCACCAUCAUAUUAGUCUUUUACACUUCCCUAAUUUUAGUGGUCUUGACCAGCAAUGACAGGAAAGUAGAGAAGCACCUUUGACAACAGAAUACAAUCCAACAAUAAAAUUAUGGUGACUACUGCCAUUAAGGUAUUAAACUCUUAAGAUAAACUGUACCUUUCACACCUAAUCAGUACAGAAAUAAACAAUUUUGUACCAAAUGAAUCCCCGGAAUUGACCACUGCGUCCAAUGCAUAUUGAUUGAAUUGAUUGAUUUUUGGUUUGACUCAUUAGACACAUCCCAGUUUCUGUCCAUGUUGAGGUAGUUGAAACAGGGAGGUCGUUCUAGCUUUAUGGACUGCAUCUUGAAAGAAGGGUAAACUUUGGUACUGGGAGCAAUCAGUGCUUUGUAAAUUGGCUAACAUUCAACUAAUAGAACACAGUGUUGUUUUAUUAAGUGUUGAAGUCUUAUUAUAGCACCACGGAGACAUGUUUUGAAGAUGGAAUUCGGUAAAAAAAAUAGAGCAAAAAAAAAAGCAUUUUUACUGUAUUUUGUGUAAUAGCAAAAACAAAAAUAACCCUUGAUAUCAAAUUGAUUUUUUCCCCCAGAAAUUUUGUUAAUAAAUAACUGGGAUACAGAUGGGCACCUGUACUAGCUGACAAGGCUGAAACAAAGGAGCACAGUUGGAGUGUGAAUCUGUUUGCU